AUGUCGGUGUCCAAGUCGGACUCCCAAUACUUCGAGAAGGCCGAAGCCGCGCUCGGAACUCUGGAUCCGACCAGCCUUCUAUCCAAUUCUCAUCGAGCCUAUCUGCUGAAACGACAUGGCACGUUGGACCUCGACCCUUUGCCGAGCAGAGAUCCGGCCGAUCCGUACAACUGGCCGCUCUGGAAGAAAGCAGCGAAUCUCAGCCUAGUCGCCUUCCACGCCUGCAUGGGCACUUUCACCGCGGCCGCCAUUAUCUGUGCCUACGAAGACAUCUCGCUGGAUCUCGGCGUGACGCUGCAGCGAGUCAGCUACCUGACCUCCCUUCAGAUCGCCAUUCUCGGCGGCGCCCCGUUAUUCUGGAAGCCGCUUUCCCAUCGAUUCGGACGACGACCGAUCUUUCUGAUCUCUCUGGUAUUGAGCUGCGUCUGUAACAUUGGCUGCGCCAAUAGUCCCGACUAUGCCUCCAUGGCUGCAUGUCGCGCCCUCGUAGCGUUCUUCAUCUCGCCGGCCAUGGCCCUCGGCAGUGCCGUGGUGACAGAGACUUUCUUCAAACGCGAGCGAGCGCGAUACAUGGGUAUUUGGACCGUCAUGGUCACAUUGGGAGUUCCCGUCGGUCCAUUUAUCUUCGGCUUCGUUGCGCAGCGCGUGGGAUACCGGUGGAUCUACUGGGUUCUGGCCAUCACCAACGCGUGCGAAUUCAUUCUUUACAUCUUCUUCGGUCCUGAAACCCGCUACCUCGGCUCGGACAUGCAAACCACUUCCUCCUUCAAACACCAAUACCUGGCCGUCCGACGAAUCGACCCGACCCCAUUCAACUUCUCCGAAUUCCUCCACCCGCUCAGCCUCUUCACCAACAUCCCCGUUCUCCUGGCCGCCGUCGCCUACGCCAUGGUCUUUGUAUUCGCCUCAGUGCUCAACUCCGUCGAAGUGCCCCAACUGCUACAGAGCAAAUUUGAGCUCAACGCUCAACAACUCGGUCUGCAAUUCCUCGGUCUGAUCAUCGGCUCGCUCCUCGGCGAACAACUCGGCGGCAUCAUGUCCGACGUCUGGAUGAACACCCGGGCACGACGGAUCGGACAGAAGCCAGCGCCGGAAUACCGGCUCUGGCUCAGCUACGUCGGCUUCCUGGUGAGUAUCGCAGGGAUGGUGGUCUUUCUGGUCUGUACAGAGCAGGCGACGCAGGGGAAAUGGACCGUCACGCCCGUCGUGGGCACUGGAAUCGCGGCUUUUGGGAACCAGGUCGUGACGACUGUUUUGACGACGUAUGCGGUGGAUACGUAUCCGCAGGACGCGGGCAGCGUGGGCGUGUUUAUCAACUUUGUGCGCUCGACAUGGGGAUUCAUUGGGCCUUUCUGGUUCCCAGAUAUGUUUGAGAGUGUAGGCAUCGCGAACAGCUCGGGAGUCAUCACGGCGUUGAUCAUGGGCGUUAGCUUUAUUCCGACGGCGUUGUUGCACUGGCAGGGACAUCGAUGGCAUGCAGAUGUUAGAGGGGAGAAGUAA